CAACCUUCAUGUGACUUAGUAGGAACUGAGCCAACUGCCCUUGAACAGUUGCCAAAUGAUCGAAUGGCCCUUCCAUCUGCUGUGGAGGACAGAUGUGCUUUAAUCUUGCAGAGUUGUUAGUUGCAUCAGGUGGUGUGAAGACAUAAUGGAGUAUAGGCUAGAACAACUCGAAUGUGAUGUGUACAACCAUAUUCACCAGUGUGCCCAUACUAGUGAGGAACUCUUAAAGUUGAUGCAGCUUAUUUCUUCAAGUGCUGCAUUUCAAAUUCAGUCUCUUAAUCUUGCCAGUAAGUUGAGUAUGUUAGAAGAUCAAAUGGGUUUAAGUGCAUCCUUUUCUACUGAAUUUUCUCGUAAAAACUUGAUAAUUGCUGUAGCCAAAUCCAUCGGUGCAGUUUGCUCUAAAAUUAAAGUGAGUCCUGUAAAUUGUGAUUUCCCCUUAGUUGUAUCUUGCAGGGCCUUUAAAUAGACUGGUUGUUGUUUCUAUCCUACAAGCAUUCUGUUUCCACUUUUCAUCUGUU